AUGGGGAGGAAGCGGCGACUUCAGUUCGUUGAGUCUGGUGAGAGCUCCUCACAUGUGGGGUCGAAUGAAGUACCAUCACGCCAACAAGCUCCUUCAGCUGAUGAUGAUAGACGACAGUCCCAGGGGAGUGAUGACGAGACACUAGCACCAGAUACUGAGGACAUACCCAUAACCGUACCCACAGCUGGAGCGGUUGUUGUGCCCAACAAACGUGGGCCUAACCGAUUUGAUGAUAUAUGGAAUAUGCCACCGGGCAAAAAAUUAUUCUUGGAAAUAAAUGGGGCGGGCCAGCCAGUCGGGGAGAAUGCUGGACCUUUUGCAAAGUGGCUGGGAACAAUGGCAAGAAAGCCUGAUAUGUGCCCAAUCAAUUAUCGCUCAUGGCAUUCCAUGCCACUACAAUACAAGAAUCGGUGUUGGGAAGCCAUUCAGGCACGAUGGGUAAUUCCUACAGCCCGCAUCCCACUUGCCAAGCAAAGGAAAUGGUCACUCUCACGGAUUGGGAAGUUGUGGAGGGGCCACAAAACAGAGUUGAAGGAAAAGCACUACAACCUGAACACAACUAAGGAAGAUUUACUUCAGCUAUCACUGCCGGAGGUUGAUGACACUCAAUUUCAUGGCCUGGUGGAGUAUUGGUUCUCUAAAGAUUUUAAGGAGCUGUCGGAAGAUAACAAAGCGCGGCGUGGCAAGCAGACGGAGUUGCACACGCUCGGAUCCAGAAGCAUGGCCCAGACGGCGGAUAUCAUUGCAAAAAAGAAAGGCAAGCAACUAGAGAGAAGUGAGAUGUACGAAGUGGCGUAUUCUCACCGCGAUGGUGUUGCUGUGAAUGCCACUGCGGAAGCAAACAUUGUAAAUUUCUAA